GAUCAUUGUUUCUAGGCCAAGGAUGGAGCUGGGGGCAAAUGGUUUCCAUCUGACAGCGUGACUUCGUGCUGGCUUGCCUCUGUACAGCCAAAAGGAUCUCAUCCUUCAAGCUAAUCAGGUCACUGUGCUGAUUGGUAGACUCAUGCAGUAUUUAUGUGAUGGUGGUUUAUCGAGCAACGGGAAGUUCCAUCGUUUGUACACAGCCAAGGAAAGUAGCAGCAUUUGCUCUUGUGUUGCCGAAGGAUGCCGCUGAGAAGACGAAUUCCAUUGGCCUCUUGGGAUACAGGGCUCGACAAGACCUUGCCAAAAUGGUCUACACCAAGGCGGAUAUCGAAUGGCAAGUGAUUGGCAAAUACGCCGCGUGCACUUGUGCUGCCUCUUCAUGGAAGGCUUUGUCAAGAGGAUCAGCAACUGGUAUUCGAGGCGGCACCACCUGGUACGGGAAAGAUGGUCUUUGCGACAAAUAUCGCCGAGACGUCUUUGACGAUGCCAGGAAUCAGGUACGUGGUGGAUUGUCAAAGCAAGCCAUCUUUGAUCCACAGACUGGGAUGACAACGCUUGAGCUUACGCCAAUCAGUCAAAGCCGCGACUCAAAGAGCUGGUCGUGCAGGGCGCACUCGUUCUGGUGUCUGCUACAGAUUGUACAGCGAUGAAGACUUUGACGACAAUGCUCUGCUGGGGACUUCGGAAAUUUCCCGUUCUCACAUGGGGAUUAUCAAGCACCUGGCACUAGGCGGACGAUGAAGUGAAGAACUGGAGGCUCACGAACUUCAGAUUAAAACUGGCCAAGAUAGGAGUGGAGCCACGGUUAGGCAAGAUCAUCCUCGACAGCCAGGCUCACUGUUGUGGUCGAGAAGUCAGUACCCUGUGAUGAUCAUCUUCUUCCGAGCCGACUCUGAAAAAGCAAGCUCCUGGCAGACCGCUGGAAGAUGCGCUGCUGUCAGCAUGGAGACCUGUUCAGCCUCUUGGACGUGUACCGGGAAGGGAGCAGCAAGCACGGCUGAUAUCGACAAAGAAAUGAAGAAGCGCGGAUAACACAGUCGACGUUGAAGGUAUCUCCCAAGGCGUAUGGUACGAAGCGAAUCGAGAUCUCAUCCUGGAGCUUGCAGAGGCAGCUCUAGAUAAACUGGUGGAAGGCGCUCCUUUUGAAGACGGCCUGCUGGAUGAAGCUGCAAUGAAUGCAACCAGAGGGAGCGACAGAUCUCACUGACUUCCACUUGGGAUGAUGAGAGUUCUGGUUGGAAAAUCCGGGGUCAGACUUAGCCGGGCUGGAAAAAUCAGUGGGAGCUCCAGUGGCAUUCCUUGUACGUACAUGGGGACUAGGAAUGCGUGGAGAAAGCAAAGCAGGAAACAGCGUCCUGGAAGAACGAAGCAAUCCAGCAGUGGCAGUGGCAGUCGACGCAGCCUGAUCGUCAACGAGUACAAGCUCACUUGCGCCAACGAAGGCUGCCAGCAGGGUGUUCCUCGUUGUCGACUUUGCAGCCUUGCUCAGCAAAUGGACGAGCUGUGCAAGGCUAGUUUGCAUGGCCACGAACAGGUCCGGACUGCAAAAGCUCAUCAGCGAUCUUUCUCUAUAGAGAUAAAGCAAAAAGAUAAGUAGUUCGCUAUCUAUAGCAAUAGGUUUAAGUGACGCUUGGCCCUUUUCAGCAACAACACGAUGGAGGAGGCUGUUCUGAAAUUGUUGUGGUUUUAUGCUUUCCACUUUAAUCUUUCCAUUUAAAAUGAAUUUCAUAUGGAAGUAAAA